GCACUCACCGGCUUCAGCUCUGCAGCCCGGCCCGCACCCACUCCCCGUGACCGGCCACCCUUUUCCACGCCGUGCCCGGUUGUCGGUGUCACUGACGCUGCUGCUGCUGCUGGAGCCGGAGCUUCUCCAACAUGGCUGCAGCUGGCAGGACGGAUUGACAGGAGGAUAGGGGCCCAGCGUGGUCAAUACUACUGCGGGGGUUCCCACAUAUUAUUAGAAUCGCUGGUUGAUGGAGUUUGUGCGGCGGAGUGGUGACUACUGCCACGCCCAACACAUUUAGACCCUAUCUGGGAUGAAGCUGCACCAUGCAGUCUUGGGACCCUAAACCCUGAAUGAUCAUUCCCUCUCACCCUCUGAACCAUCCAGCUAAUGGGGUAACAAGUGGAGCUUCGACACUGGAAGCUAAACUGGAGAGAGAAGUAAAGAGAGAGCUACUCAAAAAAACAGAGGAGGACUGAAGAAGUGACAAUCAGAGAUAAAAAACAAAGACACUGAUACAGAGAGCUGGAACACUGUUGCUUCCUGGACUAUACGAUACAGUCAACUGAUGGGAUAAAAGAGUAUUCGAGACAACAGGAGCUCAGAAAAUAUUUUGAACUGCUAUAGACAGUCUCGCAACAGGAAGUUACACAACAAACAGGAAGUCGAGAAUCACCUGGACACCUGAUAGAAGAAACAGCAGAUAACUGCUUCAGCUGAAGCUUAAGGUCAGAGGACACCCUUGGAUUUCAAAGGUUACACUGGCCGCCAUGAACCGUCCAGCUCCAGUGGAACUGUGCCACAAAAACAUGAGAUUCCUCAUCACACACAACCCAACAGAUAGCACACUCGACUCCUUCAUAGAGGACCUGAAGCGAUUUGGUGCCACCAUAGUGGUUCGAGUCUGUGACAUCACCUAUGACAAAACACCAUUGGAAAAAGAUGGCAUUACUGUGGUGGAUUGGCCAUUUGAUGAUGGAGCCCCACCCCCCAGUAAACUGGUUGAUGAUUGGUUGAGUCUGCUAAAGAAGAAGUUUCAGGAGGAUCCAGGAUCCUGCGUGGCUGUUCACUGUGUAGCUGGACUGGGAAGGGCUCCUGUGCUGGUUGCUCUGGCUCUGAUAGAGAGCGGGAUGAAGUAUGAGGACGCUAUUCAACUCAUCAGACAGAAGCGCCGUGGAGCUAUCAACAGUAAACAGCUAACCUACCUGGAGAAAUAUCGAUCCAAGCAGAGACUCCGAUUUAAAGACUCUCACACACACAAAAACAAGUGUUGCACCAUGUGAACACACACACACGCACAAUCACAAUCACACACACACACACACACACACACACACAUGCACACAUUUCCACACACUCAGACAUUUCGUACACCUUGACAAAAAGCUCUCAGGAAUUCAACCAUACAAGCCUUGUGUCACUGUCAGAUACAUAAACACACACACACACACACACACACACACACACACACACACACACACACACACACACACACACACACACACUAUAACAUAUACAGGCUUCAACAGCCUGGACAUUUUUGAAUGCUUUUAAGCCGUUUCAUUAGAAGCCACCUCUGUUCCCUGGUUUGUAAUAAUUUCUUGUCUUUUAAAGAGCAUUAUAGCAGCAUGUUUACUUCAGUAGGUAGUUUACUAAGGAGAGAGGUAGAAAAGAGAAAUCAUGAAAAAAUACAUUUUCAAUCUGAAUGUUCAAGCUUUAUUAGAUAGUUUAAUAAGAGACAGGAAGUCAGGUAAGGGAAGACAAGGUAUUCGUCAACACAAUUCAAUAAUGGUGCACUAUGUACCCACAGAAUUACCAGGGCGUCUGAACAGAUUUGGUGUUGAAUGUUUUUUAAAAAAGGCCAAUACUGAUGUAUUGGUCUUCUUUAAAUUUCAGAUCAUAUCUGAUAUUUUGAGAAAAUGACAUAUUUAUUUUUUUUAUUGUGUUAGUACAGAUAUUGUGCACAUAUUCAGUAAAAAUUACAUGCAGUAUUAACGGUUUCUUUGGGGUUGUUUUUGGCACAAAAGCAUAAUUUAGACUCAUAUCAGGGCUCAUUUUCCUCUUUUCUGCUACUCAUCUUUGUUCUGUAUGAACGUCAACUCUCACAAUUUAAGAAGCCUUCUCUUUGGUUUUCACAGCUACUAUUUUAUUUGUUUACAUAUCAGUGUGUGCAAUUGAUUAUGCUCUGUUUACUGACAUCCACUGAAAGAAAUGUCUUCGUUAGCAGCAGCUGAUUCAAACCAGGAUUAAGUAAAUGUAUUAUAGGAUAUAAUAGGAAUAAAUGAUAAUUUGAGAGUAAUCAUAUAUUACAUACAUUAAAAAUUGACAGAGGUGUAAACUACAUGUAAAUAAUAUUAAAUGGGGAAUGUGAAUUGGCUAUUCACCCUUGUAAGGUUGGCAGGGUAAACCACUCCUACAGUUCAUGAGUUACAAAAAUGUGCAAAGAUUCUUUUUUUUUUAUGAUUUCAGGGAUUACAAUUGUCUUUAAAUUAAUAAUUUUCCAUUAUAUCAGCAGAAGACACCCACUAGCACUGAAAUUGACAGUUUAUCAGUAAAGGACAGUUAAUCCUUUAUUGACCUGAUAUAUGGAUAAACUGAGAUAUUAUUCUUAGUAUAAAUAUGAGAUUGAAUUACUAUUGCUGUAGACCACAACUUUUAGACUUGGUUACAAUCUCUUAUAUAUAUUCUUUUGCAGCUGAGUUUACUUACUAUAUAAUGCAUGUAUACAACUGCAUUACCCUUCAAACUGUUUCAGCUGAUGAUAGAGCAUGCACUUUUUAUGUAUCAUAGGUUGCGUGUGUGUGUGUGUGUGUGUGUGUGUGUGUGUGUGUGUGUGUGUGUGUGUGUGUGUUUGGUAGCCUAAACUGUUGUUGAUCACUGGGACUGGCUGACACUUUUCUAAUGAAAAAAUCCUGUAAAUGUCUAUGUCUGUAAAUUUCUUGCAUUGUUUAAUAAAGAUUUUGUCAUUGUUCCUAUAUUUUAA